AUGGCUCCUCCUUCAGGCCUGCAGUUCUCGUCAAAGGCCUCCGACUACGAUGACAAGAUCGAGCGGCUGCCGCCUCUGGCGCGCUCCAUAACCGCACCGACCGGCUUCCAACAAUCCGCAGCGACAGCAUCAGCAUCAGCAGCAGCAUCGUACCGUGGCCGUCCUGACCCGUCGCAUCUUGCCCCCGAGGAUGCCUUCCAUGCCGCUUCGCCCCCGAGGAGAUUAAAUGGGUUCGAAUCAUCUGGCAACAGGGACCAUAUACCGCGCCAUCUAUAUCGCAAGGACGGGGGUAGCAGGAGUCGCAGUCGGCGGAGGAGGAAGAGGCCAUGGAAGAAAUUGUUAGCGGGAGAGCUGAUGAAUAUCGACGGUGCAGAUCCGGACAACUACACCGACCAAGGGACUUUCCUCGAAAACCUCCAGCGCAACCCUCGGCUGAAGCCAUAUGACUUCUGGCCUCUUGUCGCAGACUCUACCGUCAUUGUGCAACAUGUCUGCACAGUUUGUAUAUUUGUGGUAUGCUUCGUUGGCAUCCACCAACGGCGACUAAGUCCUGUGGCAGUAGUCGGCUGGGGAUCUAUUGCGACGUCGGUUGGCUGGUUCCUAUGGGAUUGGUGGGUGGGAAAGGAGGGCGAGAAUGAUGACAUCGAGACCCUCCACAGGACAAGGAGCAUCGGUCCUAAACACUACCGUCGCUCUUCACGACCUCAAACUGAAAAACGAAACUCUGUCGGAGGCAGUGGCAGCGGGAGCGCCAGUGGAGGGCAAGGGGAAGAAAACAUCGCGGCCCCGCAGACUGUGUCCAGCAUAGCUAGUAGCAGCGCGUCGACACUGCCAUCGGCCGAAAGCUCCACCACGAACCUGCUCAUGCCACCAGGUCAGGCGCCUCUCCCCAGCGCCAACAUCAGCGCCACGAACCUCUUAUCCGUGAAGCCUUAUUCCACGUCUGCGAGCUCUCUGGUGUCCGGCGCCUCCCAGACUAGCACUCCGGGCACGGCCAUGAACCAUUCACGGUCCCGCCGGACAUCUUCGCCCACUGACCCUGCCGGCCCACAGGUGAAGCAUCGGCCCUCGUCACCACUCCGUGGUGGCCGGGCCCAUCUGCGCAUGAACACCAUCAAGUCGGCAAUUCUCAUCUACUUCACCUUACUGGGCCUGUCCCCGAUCCUCAAGUCCCUCACCCUCUCCACCUCCUCCGACAGCAUCUGGGCCAUGUCGUUCUGGCUACUGGCCAUUAACAUCUUUUUCUUCGACUACUCAGGCGCCUGGGUGGGCGUCAAUAAAUUCCCCGUGGCAUCGCUGUCCACCAACGCCGCGCUGAUGGCCUCCACCGUGCUAGCCAGCCGGCUGCCGUCAACUGGCCAGGUGUUCAGCCUGACGCUGUUCAGCAUCGAGGUGUUCGGCCUUUUCCCCGUCUUCAGGCGCUACGCGCGCCACCGCAGCUGGCGGUACCACGUUGUCCUCACAGUGCUGCUUGUCCUCGGGGCCGGCGGCGGCGUGGGCAUGAUCCUCGGCGGCGCUGCCUGCGACGAGCCCCGCGCGUGCGAGACCCAGCCCUGGCCCUGGGCGAGCGCCCUCCUGGGCAUGGUGGUCGGCUGCCUCAUCGCCGCCGUCGCCAUGGGUGGGUGCAGCUGGUGGCUGAUCGGGCUGCAGAAGUACAAGAAUGAGAUCUACGGCCCCUGGGACCCUGCGCGGCCGAUUAUUAUCAGCAGGAGACACUGGGAUGAUGAUUGA